AUGUAUGGUCAUCAAUCAAUGUCGAGAUCAGUGAGCAGUGGACAAAUCAACGCUAUGAUGUCACAUCCUGGAAUGGUUAUGAACUCACAACAACCGCAUAUGAUGAAUACUGCUGGUUAUCCGCAAAGUAUGAUUAAUUCUGGUCAACCACCUCCACAAAUGUUAGCAUCACAGGGACAUAUAAAUCAACAAAUGAUGAAUACCCAAAUGGGCGUUGUUCAAGGACUUAGCCAAGCUAAUCAUAUGAAUGCGCAGCAUCAGCAAAUGCAACCAAUGCAGCAAGUUCAGAUGGCAUCUCAACAAGCAUAUCUUCAACAGCAACAAGGAAUGUCUCAUCCAAAUUUUGUGAAUGGGCAAGUACGAAGUCCUGCUGUUGGACCUCAAGGAAUGUCGCAAGGAACACCAGGUGGACCGCCUUCAGCUGGACCACCAUCAAACAAUCCGCAAACACCCAUAAAUGCUAUUUCAUCUUUAAAUCCUUCUUCACAACAAAUUUCAACGCCAGCGACACCGCAACAAGCUCCAUCUUCAGUACAGUCUACUACAACGCAAGAUAACUUAUCAACACCUGCAGUAGUACCACCUGAUCCAGUUUCACUAGCUAGAAAUCUUUUAUUACGAGAUCUUCGACAUUCACUUCAGGAUUGGAGCAGAACAGCUGCGGAAGUGCUGCGGCCUUCUACUUUACGUCAGCAAAUUGAUAAUCCUGCUGCAGCUUCUCAUAAUCCAAUGUCUGUUAAUCCUCAAUCUGUCAAUCCGCAGUCAGUGAAUCCUCAGUCUGUAAAUCCACAAUCUGUGAAUCCUCUCUCGGCCAAUCCUAGCUCUGUAAAGUCAUUAGAUGAACCAAAAUCUGUAGAAAUGGAAAAAAAAAAUUUAAGCCCCAAUGAAGCAUACAUCAACUCGUUUGACUAUUUUCUGGGUACUUGUGAUCAAAUUGAGCAUAAUAUAAUGGUCAUCCAAGAAGCCCAGAAGGAAAGCGUCAAAUUUGAUAAAAUGUUCGCUGGUGAACUGAAAAUAGUUGGAGAGAUGGCAAAUGUCAAUUAUUCUCAGUAUGCCCAAGGCUAUGUGGAGUCAACUGCGCGAGUACGAAAUGCUAUCAGUCGCACUUUGAAGAACCUUAGUAUGAAAAUAGAACAAAUGAAUGCUAAUACUGCAAAGAAUGGUCACAGAAGUUUCGAAGAGAAGAUGGAAAUGUAA